AUGGCGCCCGCCACCGCCGUGCAGGCGCGCGGCGCCUGGCGCCUGCGCGCGCUGGUCGCCGCGCUGCUGGCGCUGGUGCUGAGCCGCCGCGCGCGCGGGGCCCUGGAGGCGCUGGUCAGGCAGCUCCUGGGCCGGGCGGCGCUCCGGCUGGUCAGCGCAGCGCGCCCUGUGCGCAAGAAUUUCUUGGAGGACGGCGGAGCCGCUGGGUGCAGGCCCGCGCAGACCGCUGCCGCAGGCGCCUUCGACUUCGCGGGAAGUUUCUCCGAGUUUGGAGAAGUGUUGCCGCCGUGGCUUCGAGCAGGCCUUCGCCAGUCCAGCUUCGAGAGGUUGAAGCCCAUCCAGGGGAAGGUGCUGCCGCUGGCGCUGGCGGGGAAGGACGUCGUCGGCAUAGCCCCCACGGGCUCCGGGAAGACGCUGGCCUUCCUGGUGCCCGCGCUUGUCCACGCGGCGGGCCAGGCGCCGCCGAGCCGCUUGCAGGACGGCCCGCUGGCGCUGGUGCUGGCGCCCACGCGCGAGCUGGUGGUCCAGAUCGGGCUCGUGGCCGAGAGCCUGCUGAGGCCCAGCUGGGGCCAGGGCCAGGCGCAGCGCGGCCCCCGCCACAGCGCGCAGGCCGGCGCCGGCGCGGAGGGCCUCAGCUGCGCGGUGCUCUACGGCGGCACGCGCAGGGUGGAGCAGCUGGACCAGCUGCGCCGGCAGAGGAGGGUGCACAUCGUCGUGGCGACGCCGGGGCGGCUGCUGGAUCUGGUGUGCAACUUCUCCGCGUUCCGCCUGCGCCGCGUGUCCUUCUUCGUGCUGGACGAGGGCGACCGCAUGCUCGACUUUGGCUUCGAGGAGGACAUCACGAGGAUCUCUGCCGAGAUCCGGCCCGACCGCCAGAUGCUGUUCUUCUCGGCCACCUGGCCGCCCGAGGUGGAGCAGGCCGCCUGCCGCCUGUGCAGCCGCGGGGGCCUGGCGGAGAAGGUCUUCGCCCGCCCCGAGGACGAGGCGCACGACGACCUGGCGACCGACGGCCUCGGCGGCGGCGCCGAGGGCUCUGGGCAGAGCGGUCUCGCGCUGCCCCCGCGGGUGAUCACGCAGACGAUCGAGGUGAUCGAGAGCAGCUUCGGCGACUGGGACAGGGGGCGCGGGCCUAUGCGCAAGAAGCUUCCGCUGCUGCUGCGCCACCUGGAGGGCGCCCUCGGUGGCGAGGUCGGCGCGCCGCCGGGGAAGGCGCUGAUCUUCGUGCGGACCCGCGUGGCGGCGGAGGAGCUCGGGGAGGAGGUCGCGCACCACUUCGGGCUGCAGCGCUGCGGCGUGAUGCACGGGGCGCGGAAGCAGGAGCAGCGAGAGUCCACCCUGGCCGCGUUCCGCAACGGCCACAUCAGCGCGCUCGUGGCGACAGACGUACUGGGCAGAGGUGUGGACAUUCCAGGCGUGACGCACGUGAUCAUCUUCGAUUUCCCCGACGACAUCGAGACCUACGUGCACCGGGUGGGCCGCACUGGCCGGAACGGGCAGCCCGGCGCCUCCGUCGCUUUCUUCGAGCCGCAGCCGUGGCUGCCCGACCUGCCCCGCGAGUUGGCGGAGAUCUUGCGUGCUUGCGAGCAGGAGAUCCCCUUCGCGCUCGCCAAGGAAAUCCGAGGGCUGCCCGUGGGCGGCGCCGGCGGCCUCGAGGGCCCGUGGCCAGUCCAGCACUCGGGCGAGGCGCCCCCGCUGGAGGAGCGCGGCGCGCCGGAGCUCGCGGGCGCGGCGGAGUUGUGCGAGUGGGACGCGGGCGGCGCCCGCGUCUGGGGCUACUCGGCCAACGGGGGCGUGAGCGAGCAGGGCCGCGUGGAGCUGCGCGCUGGCGGGAUCCUGCGGACGACCUGGGGCUGGGGCGAGUGGCACUUGGUGGACGCACCGCUGGGCGGCCCCAAGGACGCCGGCGCCGCGCCGGGCCACAACCUGGUUCUGUCCUGGAACGGCGUCGACGACGAGGUUGCGCUCGGGGCCAGCGGCAUGGACUUCCAGCUCGUCUCGAGGAACGGGCGGCCGUCGCACACCCUGAAGAAGCAGACCCUGGGGCGGGCCCUGCCGGACGUGAGCCUCUGA